UGCUAUUUCAUUGGUCCGUGUUUUGCACCUCCCUCAACGCGACUGAAACACCAUGUUUCGCAUCCGAUGAAUUCUUAGAGAUCGAAAAAUUGCACUCUGUGUAUCAUCGUCUUCCUUCACGGGACAUACGAGAACCCUAGAUUUCUAAAUCUCUAUGAAUUUAGAUCCGGAUUUGUUUGAAGAUCAACAAGGACAAUCGCAGGUUAUGGAUUUUAUGGACAUUGAUCAGGUAGUGGAGGUUCCUGACACUCCUGAGAGAUUAAUAGCAGCAUGUAGUAAUGAUGGCAACUGCAUAGGAAAAAGGAGUGAUGGAUCAAGUAGUUGUCGUCUGAUAAAUAAGGAAUACUUCAAUGAAAAGCUGCGAAAUGAGCCAAGGGAAAAAGGCAAAUCAGUCACUGCUCAUGGGGGUCGAAGAUUGUUUAUACGUUCUGAAAAUCACAGCAAUUCUUCAGGUUCUACAUUAGGGAAUUCAUCUUCUUGCAAGAAUGUUUUGCCUACAGUAGAUGGUGCAAAUCAUGAGAAAGGGAAAGCUUCGUGUAAUUCUGAUGUUCAAAGGUCUACUAGUCAAGAAGACAGUAGUUUUGUUGAUUUGACUGAGCAAACCAGGCGUGGCCAUGUAUUUGGACAGGCUACAUCAACAGGAGUUUCAGGAACUGGUAGUGCACAUCCAUCUAGAAAACAUCGGUUUUCGACUUUUGGUUUUCCUGCAGUAGAUGCAUUCGAUACAUCAAGCAAAUCAUCUGGAUUAAAUAAACCCAUCAAAUUUACACUGAGAUCCGACCGUGGUAAAGGAGUUGAAGUUGGAGCUCAACAUAAAGCUGAAAGCAAUUCGUCUUCAUUAGCUAGCAUAUCACCGAGAGUCAGUAGGCAGAAAAGGUUGGUGCGAAAUGGAUGCAUAUCUCCCCAUAACAUAGCAAAAUCCAAACAGGUAGAAGAGAAGCAUGACAUUGGGAGGGUGACAAAAGACUUACGGGUUGAUGUUGGUACCAUAGCAUCUGAUGGUCCCUCAAGUACAGUUGAUGUUAAGGAUCUGGUCUCUGAAGCUAAAGAUUCACGUAGACUAAAAGGAAAAGGAGCAUCUCUUCAUUCUUCUUCUGAAGAGCCUGAUGCAAGAAAUGGACAUUUGUCUCAAAGGAGCUCUGUAAUUUUUAAAGAAGCAACUGAUGCUAAUGAGGAUUCAAGUGUGGACACAUCUACAUGCUUUAAAGAAUCAGAUGGAUGGAUAACCACGCACAACACUAUGAGAAAAGUAGAUCACCCAUUGGUAGAUGGUGAUCCACGUAUAUCAAGAGGUAAGGCUGCCUCAAGGUCUGCCAUUAGCCAACAGAAAAAUGGGAUGGUACAAAAGGAUCAUAGAGAUGGAAGUAUCUCUAGUAAUAUUAAUAAUCAUUUUGAGGAUUUGGAGAUACACUCUACCCAACAUGUGCCUGCUCCACCUGAGACCAUGUCCCGUCGCGCACAUAAGUUGGGUCAAUUUAAGGACCGGGCACAAUUUACAAAAAGACAGAGGGAGGGUGUUGCUUCGAGUAAUACUGGGGAACGUGCUGUGCCACUUCCCAAUGACUCUGAGAUUGCAACCCUUAGACUAUCUGAGGAACCUUCAACUUCAAGGUCAACCAGGAACAAGAACCGUCGUGGUGCUGGUGCCUUGGAUCCAGUAGUUGCACUUGACGAGUCCUCUCCUGAAGUGGGAAACCGUGGCUCCAACACACACCGUAGUAGUACCGAAGAUCCAAGUUUCAGGGCCCUACAGGUUGAAGCAGAUGAGAUACUGGCUAGAGAACUGCAAGAGCAGUUGUACAAUGAGGAGCUGGCAUCUGCGUUUGGAAUUGAUGAGAUGGAUUCACACCAUGCAUUUGCAACGGCAAUGCAGCAGGGACACAGUUCAAAUGCUAUUCAUGCUGGUGCUCGUCCUCCAUAUCGUCCUGCAUCUAGAGGCUCGUCAACAUCAAAUUUGUUACAGCACUCUCGAUCAAAUCCUUCCCGUAACCCUUCAAUUCUUAGGGGGGUUAAUGGUCAAGCUCCCACCUCCACAAGAUUGGCUCGGUUGAGAGGUCGUUUUCCGGGACGCCCUCGUACACUAUCAUCUACUCCAAGGAAUUCAAUAUUUCCUCCAAACAUGGAUGUGGACAUGAGAAUGCAAAUACUGGAAGCACUGGAGGCCUUUAAUGAUAUGGAAUUGCCUAAUGACUUGUUACAAAUAGGACGUGAAUUUAACGAGAACGAUUAUGAAAUGUUGUUGGCUCUUGACGAUAACAAUCACCAACAUGGAGGUGCAACUCAUGCUCAAAUAAAUAGUUUGCCCGAGUCCACGGUUCAGGCUGAAAAUCUUCAAGAAUGUGCAAUUUGUCUUGAAACUCCUACCAUCGGUGAAACCAUACGACAUCUUCCUUGCCUUCAUGGAUUUCACAAAGAUUGCAUAGAUCAAUGGCUGAGAAGGAAAACAUCAUGCCCAGUAUGCAAAUCAUCGGUCACUUGAUUUGCUAUUUUGGUAUCUGGUCCCAUGGCAUUUUUGCAUCAACUGAAAGCAGUCUAGUUUUGGGAUUUUAAGGUGAGUUGACUCGAUCUCUACUAUCGAGGGACUUAACUAGUAGAUCUGCUGUUGCUGAAAGGAUGCCAUGGACUAUGAUUAGACAAAUGUGAUGCAAGUUUGUUUUGAUUAUAACCAUUUCUUGGGGUAUUAUCGGGAUCAUUUUUUGGGUCUUCGGAUGUUGGAGAUCUUUGAAUGCCAUUUUUGGAGGAAAUCUUAAAUCUUAAUUGAUCCUCAUGUUUUGGUUUUUCCUUGUAAGCCUCUUGGUAUGAAUGUCAAAAUUUUAGAAUGGUAUCUGGGAUUUUUAUUGC